UAUAUAUUGAGAUGUUUUGUCCGGUGGCUUUAAGUGAAUGAGAGAGAAGCUACCCAGUGAGAAGACACCACAGUAGGUCAGAGUCCUUUUUCUACUUUUGGUUCCGUACGCGCUCGGAAGACACAAUGGAUCCCUAUUUUCGCGCACUUUGCAUGACUUUUAUCCUGGCAUCCUUUACGCGGAGGUCAAGUGCGGUCGGACCGGUUAUCAGAUGCGAACCAUGUGAUGCUGGAGCGCGGCUUUUGUGCAAACCUUUACCCAAGGACUGCGCCGAAAAAGUCCGCGAACCGGGUUGCGGCUGCUGCAUGACUUGUGCGCUCAGCUUUGGCCAACCGUGCGGCGUUUACACCGGGAGAUGUGGCUCCGGACUGACUUGUCAGCAUCAGCCCGGUGAGACCAAACCUCUGCAGGCUCUGCUGGAGGGACGGGGGAUUUGUGUAAACGCAACUAACAAACGAUUAUCCGUCAGACCUACGCCUCCAGUCAAUGAACUACCAGCAGAGAAUGUUGAGACUCGGGAUGAGGAGAGGAAUUCCACCGGCUCAGGUCUUCAAACCUCAUACAGCACCCACAGACCCAUGGGACCUAUGGGACCGCAACUUUACCCCUUUUUCCCCCCUGCCAAGUCAGAAAUCUUAAGGCAGGAGCAACACAAGAGAACCCAGAGUUUUAAAAUAGAGGUGCUCCCAGGACCACUCAUCACAGACCAACAGAAUUUUUCUCUAGAGACCAAACAGGAGCCUGAGUAUGGUCCAUGUCGGAGGGAGAUUGAGAGCAUUCUCAGCAGCCUCAAAAUUACAGACAUUCUCAACCCCAGAGGUUUCCGCAUACCAAACUGUGACAAGAAGGGCUUCUAUAAGAAAAAGCAGUGCCGUCCAUCCAAAGGCAGAAAGCGAGGCUUCUGUUGGUGUGUGGACAAAUACGGGCAGCCUUUGCCAGGGUUUGAUGGGAAGGAGCGAGGAGACGCCCAGUACUACAACUCCGAGAGCCAAUAGGAGCUGAGCAAAACAGAGGGAGGGAGGGUGGGAGUGAGAGCAAGAAGAAUUGUAAACAAAUGGAGACACUGAGGAUAUUGGGAGAGAGGUCAAGAGAUGGCUCAGCCGAUAUAUGGAUGUUUGCUAUUUCUAUCUGUUGCCUGUGGGACCUUUUCUGAGGCAGAGUAAAGGGAACAGAUGAAGACUACCAGGAGGAAAAUGUCUCCAUGUCACAGAUACAGUCUGUACUUUUCUGCAACGGUUGGAUUUUUUUUUUCCAAUAAGCUGUUGUUUCCAACCCAGUCUGGGCAGCUUCUGAGAAGAGGAUUCACUUACUGACUUUAUCUCAGAGACCUUAUUUUGAUUAUUAUACACAGAGACAUUUGUACCUCUGAAAAAAAACAAAACAAAACAUUGAUAAGAAUGCUCCUCAUCUACGCACAAUCAAGUGGCAUUACACGUGUGUACAUAUUUGUGAUGUGUAAUCAUACAUUGUAUGCUUGUGAUUAAGAAUGCAUUUGUUAGAGAGAGGUUGUGUGCGGUCACGACAACCCUGAAAUCUUUGUUUGUACAAUAAUGUCUUUCAGAGUAACCGCGCAGAACCUUCUCGGUUGCUUUACUAUGAAUUCCUAUUUCUAUGAUUUGCAGUUGCUUUCUGCUCCUCAGGGAGUUGGAAGAAAAUGCGCAGCUCAUACACUACAGUGUCUAUAAAGCUUUUAUGAUGGAACUUGAGCCACAGACAGAAGCACAUUGCCUUAAUUUGUACUGUGGUUUUUACUGCUUUGGUGUCACUUUGUAUAAGCUCGGAUUUUGUGAUAAAGGCCACAAACCCUUAUCUUUGAUCUCUGUAUAACCAGUGAUAAUUUUCAUCACUUGUCUUGGUCUAAAUAAAUGUGCUGUUUGCAUGUA